AUGUCGCAACACGAAGUUGACACUAAUUGCAUGACAUUGACUCGGUUCAUCAUCCAUGAGCAGACAAAGUAUCCUGAAGCUUCGGGCGAAUUGACUCAAUUAAUGAACGGCAUUCAGACGGCCGUCAAGGCCAUCUCUAACGCCGUACGCAAGGCUGGUAUCGCACAACUUUUUGGAUUCACCGGUAAUUCAAACGUUCAAGGCGAGGAAGUAAAAAAACUUGAUGUCAUUUCAAAUGAACUUUUCGUGAACAUGAUGAUUUCAUCUUACACAACGUGUCUGCUGAUCUCCGAGGAAAAUGAAGAGGUCGUUGUCGUCGAUCCUAAACAACAGGGAAAAUACAUUGUUGCCUUCGACCCUCUGGAUGGAUCUUCUAACAUCGAUUGCUUGGGUUCAGUUGGGUCUAUUUUUGCCAUAUUUCGGCGCAAACAUGACAAGGGCAUAGCUGAUCCUUCAGAGGCACUUCAACCUGGACGCAACGUUGUGGCAGCCGGCUAUGCCAUCUACGGCAGCUCCACUAUGAUUGUUCUGUCUGUUGGUUCCGGUGUUUAUGGCUUCACACUUGAUCCCAGUCUGGGAGAAUUUAUUCUUACCCAACCGAUGAUAAAAAUUCCCAAGCGCGGGAAAAUCUUUUCAAUUAACGAGGGAUACGCCUCGAACUGGGACAAGGCAAUCACGCAGUACAUUCACGACAAAAAGUUCCCCAAGACCGGAAAACCCUACCAGGCUCGCUACAUCGGCUCCAUGGUUGCGGACGUUCACCGAACCCUCGUCUACGGCGGCAUCUUCCUCUACCCGUCGAUGAGUCAUGCACCGUCUGGCAAGCUUCGUCUUCUCUACGAGUGCAUUCCGAUGGCGUACCUAGUUGAACAGGCCGGUGGCAAGGCAUCGACUGGGAAAAUGCCGAUUUUGGACAUCCAACCGCAGCAGAUCCACGAACGCGCGCCAACCAUCCUGGGCAGUGCCGAAGACGUUGACGAAGUCCUUAGUUACUACUCCAAGUGCUAA